AUUAGAAGAAGGUUGUCCAGCCAUCAGUUUGAUCUUGUAGCUCUUUUCUCUUUUCCAAAUGGAGUUGGUUGGUAUUCUGGAGUCUCUUGAGAACAAGACUAUCCUUGUCACUGGUGCUACUGGUUUUGUAGCAAAGAUUUUUGUGGAGAAAGUGCUUAGAGUUCAGCCUAAUGUAAAGAAGCUGUAUCUUCUUCUAAGAGCUCCCCAUACCAAGUCAGCCAUUCAAAGGCUGCAUAAUGAGGUGUUAGGAAAAGAGGUGUUUAGGGUCCUAAGACAGAAACUUGGUUCUGGUUUUGAUUCUUUCAUGUCUGAGAAGGUGAUUCCAGUGCCAGGCGAUAUCACUUGUAAGAACUUAGGAGUAGAAGAAACUGAUUUGAGGGAUAAGAUGUGGAGAGAAGUUGAUAUUGUUGUUAACAUUGCUGCAACCGUCAACUUUGAUGAAAGAUAUGACGAUUCAUUGUUUAUCAACACCAUGGGAGCAAAGCAUGUUUUGGAAUUUGCAAAGAAAUGUUCUAAGUUGCAGAUAUUUGUUCAUGUAUCAACUGCAUAUGUGGGUGGACAACAGGAAGGACUGAUGCUGGAGAAACCAUAUCAAAUGGGCGAAACGCUCAAUGGGACUUUGGGGCUAGACAUCCAACAAGAGCUGAAGGUUGCGGAGGAAAGAUUGAAAGAACUUCAGGCUGAGAAGAUCACAAUAAAAGAAGAGAGAAUUGCCAUGAAAGAACUUGGAUUAAAAAGGGCAAGAUUAUAUGGCUGGCCAAAUACCUAUGCCUUCACAAAGGCAAUGGGAGAGAUGCUUCUUGGGCACUACAGAGAAAACAUUCCCCUUGUUAUUAUACGCCCAACCAUCAUAACAAGCACUUACAAUGAACCAUUUCCAGGUUGGAUUGAAGGGGUCAGAACCAUUGAUAGUCUGAUACUGGGUUAUGGCAAGGGAAGGCUAACUGGUUUCCCUGGUGAUCCUAAGUUGAUCAUGGAUGUGAUUCCUGGAGAUAUGGUGGUGAAUUCCAUUAUUGUGGCCAUGGUAGCUCAUCUCAAUCACUCGUCUGAGUUCAUCUACCAUGUGGGGUCUUCCGUGAGGCAUCCCGCCCAAUUCGCCAUGCUUCGAGAGACUUCUUACCGUUACUUCUCUGUGAAUCCAUGCAUGGAUUCAUAUGAGAAGCCUGUCAAGGUUGGGAGGGUCGAAAUGCUCAGCACUAUGGAUGACUUCCGCAGAUACAUGGCUAUACGUUACUUGAUCCCUUUAAAGGUCUUGCAAGUGUUGAAUAUGGCAUUUUGUCAAUAUUUCAAAGGCAUAUAUGGAGAUCUCAAACGAAAGAUCAACUUCGUAAUGCGUUUGGUGGAGCUUUACGAACCAUACUUAUACUUUAAAGGAGUCUUUGAUGACUUGAAUACUGAAAUGUUACGUAAAGCAGCCCUGGUGAACUAUGAUGACGCGAGUAUGUUUCAGUUCGACCCCAAGUGCAUCAAUUGGGAGAACUACUUCAUGAAUAUUCACUUUCCUGGUCUUGUAAAAUACGUUUUCAAAUGACACUGAAAAUGAAAAGAAUGGCGUUUCACAGAUGUCUAGUUGAAAUAAUCAAUAAUAUCUUCAUCUGCAAUCCCUAUUCUUUUUAUUGGUA